AUGGCUAAAUGGGGAAAAGGUGAUCCUCGACGGUUGGUUGAAGACCGGCCUGAUGCAAAGAAUGUUAACAACUGGCACUGGUCUGAAAAAAAUGCAUCUUACUGGUCCAAAGAAAAGUUAAAGAAAAUUUUUAUUGGAGCUAAGAUACAAGAUGAAAUUGCUCAGUGUGUGAUAGUAGAAAUGACUAAAUGCGAAGGUGAUGCUAUUGUAAAUAAUAGAAAAUCUAAAUUAAUCGUUUUCUAUGACUGGGUAAUAGAGUUUAAAUGGAUUGGUUCUUUAAAAUAUGACGACUCUGAUGUUGAAGGAUAUAUUGAAAUUCAUAAUUUUUCAGAAGACCACGACAUUAACGAUAUUAAAAUCCGUGUGCAUUCAGAAACAAAUGGAGCCAAAGGAGAAGUUAUCAGAGAUGCAAUUCAAGAAGCUUGCGUUGAAGUUAUUCGUAAGAAUCUGAAAGAAUACGUAACUUCUUUGAAAGAAGAAUUCGCAAAUGAACUUAUUUUGCCUGUGAAAGACAACGUACAAAAAGACAUGUUUAAAUGCAAAAAAAGCAUCGAAAAAAUUAAAUUAUUUGACGAAACAGGUUCAAAAACUGCUAAAAGUGAUAUCUUCGAAACUUGUGAAAUAAGUAACACGGAAACAUUUAAGUGCACUGCGCAGGAAUUCUAUUUAGCUAUGACUUUGAAAGAAUUAGUUCAAGCCUUUACUCAAAGUAAUUGCAUUUUAGAAACUGAAGAAGGAGGCAGAUUCGAAUUGUUUGAUGGUAACGUUCAAGGUUAUUUUACUAAACUUGUUCCGUAUCGAUUAAUAGAGCAAAAAUGGAGAUUCAGAACUUGGCCUGAAGGACAUUUUUCCAAUGUGUCUAUUGAUAUUAAUGAAAGGUCAGAUUGUACAGAAAUAAAUAUUCACCACAAAGAUAUUCCAAAAGACUUUCUAGAAUUUACGAGAGAAGGAUGGAAGAAGUUUUAUUGGGACAGCAUGAAAAGAAUUUUAGGUUUUGGAAGUUUUCUUCUAUGA